AUGGAAUGGCAAAGAUUACGAAGCGUUGAAGUUCGUCCUUAUAAACCUGUUAUUCCUCAUCAUAUCUACGAGGAAGUUAUGGAAUUUUAUAUGAAGGAUACUUUACCGAAAACGUCUACUUUCCCUCCACGAUGCGGUAAGUGUCAGAUUGAGUCAAAAAUUAUCAAACCAAGGCUUGCUUAUGUAAUUGCUAAUUGGAUUGAGAAAAAAGACGGGAAAACUGCUCGAAAUAAAUUAAGUUUAAAAUACAAGUUCGAUCUUGUAUUUCGUGGUAGUCGUGAUGGGAUCAACACAUUUAACAAUUAUAGUGGUCAAGCAAAAUAUUUAGUUUUAGUCAAAGAUCAAUCUUCAAAAAUAUAUGGCGGAUAUAGUCCGAUAGGAUUUAGGUCGUAUCUAGGAGGUAAUCGAUGGCAAAACACACCAGAUAGUUUUAUUUUCUCUUGUGAAAAUGACAGAGAUAUCAAUAACAUGAAAAUAAGUCGUGUAAUAAGUCCCAAUUAUGCGAUAUUGGAAAAUUAUAGUCAAGGAUUUAAUUUUGGUAAUACUUUUUAUUUGAGUGGUCAAAAUGUAUAUUUGCAAUAUCAAGGGUAUUAUGAUAAUAACGCUAUAAAUACAAAUACGAAUUUUAUUCCUAAGGAAAUUGAGCUUUUUAACGUAGUUUCUUCGUAA